AUGUCCUACUCGCCCCCAAACUCUGCCCAGCCUUUCGCGCUCCAUGUAUCCGACCAAGCACUCUCGGAAUGGCGUCAACUGCUCCAGUUAUCCAAACUUGGCCCUGACACGUACGAAGGUCGGCAAGAAGACCGUCGCUUUGGCAUAACCCACAAAUGGCUAUCCGAGGCCAAAGACUAUUGGCUGAACCAAUACGAUUGGCGUAAACAGGAAGCGCACAUCAAUUCGUUUCCGAACUACAAGAUGCAAAUCGAAGAGAUUGACCUUCAUUUCGUGGCACUGUUUUCCGAGAAAAAGGAUGCGAUUCCUAUUGUCUUCUUGCAUGGCUGGCCUGGGAGCUUCAUUGAGUUCCUUCCCAUGUUGCAAUUGAUUGGGAAGCAGUAUUCGGCGAAGGACCUACCUUACCAUAUCAUCGUUCCUUCGCUGCCUGGAUAUACACUCAGCUCCAGCGGACCUGCUGACAAGAACUGGACUAUGGAGGAUACCGCUCGUAUUAUCAACCAACUCAUGCUGAAUCUUGGCUUUGAGAAGUACAUUGCGCAGGGGGGAGACGUGGGGAGCUUUGAGGCGAUGAUCCUAUCUCAAGGAUAUGACACGUGCGUGGGUGUCCAUUUGAAUAUGAUGAGCGUCGCGGACCAGCCUGAUGAAAAGUCCCUCAGUGCUCUCGAAAAGAGGGCACUUGACCGAUCCGUGGCGUGGCGCGCAACCGGAACUUCCUACGCUUUGGAGCACAGUACAAGACCAAGUACAAUCGGUCAUGUUCUCUCUUCAAGCCCACUGGCGCUCCUGGCUUGGAUCGGCGAGAAAUUCCUCGAAUGGACCGACGAAGACCCGUCCCUGGAUACAAUCCUGACAAACAUAAGCCUGUACUGGUUCACAGACGGCUUCCCACGGUCAAUCUACCCCUACCGUGCACUCUUUGGUCCCUCGGGCAAUCAGUUUGGGUACCUCCCGAAACCUACAGGCUUCUCCUUUUUCCCCUACGAACUGGUGGUGGGGACCAAGAGUGGCGUCGAGAAGAACUGCAACUUGACCUUCUACAAGCAACAUGAGCAUGGAGGACACUUUGCCGCGCUCGAGCGGCCCAAAGAGCUCUGGGAAGACGUUGAAGAGUUUGUCGGACAGACUUGGAAAGCAUGA